AUGCUAGUCUGUUAUUCUGUCCUCCAGAUCACCAAGAAGCAGAGCUGCUGGAGUGGUGCUCUGCGUCUGGGCUUCACGUCUAAGGACCCGUCGCGCAUCAACCCGGACACCCUGCCCAAGUACGCCUGCCCCGACCUGGUGUCGCAGAGCGGCUUCUGGGCCAAGGCGCUGCCCGAGGAGUUCGGCAACGAGGGCAGCAUCAUCGCCUUCUGGGUGGACAAGAAGGGCCGUGUCUUCUACCGCAUCAAUGAGUCCAGCCCCAUGCUGUUUUUCAGUGGCGUGCGCACUGCCGAGCCGCUCUGGGCCCUCAUCGACGUCUACGGCCUCACCCGUGGGGUGCAGCUGCUAGAGAGUGAGAUCGUUCCUCCAGACUGCCUGCGUCCUCGCUCCUUCACCACUGGCCGUGGCUCCUCCCUGCGUCGCGAGGCCGAGGAGUCUCGCCUGUCGGUCAGCCUGUGCGACCUCAACCUCCAGCAGGACGACAGCGGCGGCGGAGGAGGAGGAGGAGGACGAGGAGGAGGAGGUGGGGGUGGUGGCGGCGGUACCCUGGGGAGGGGCGUGGGAGGCGGCAGUCUGGGCGGAGGAGGAGGCCACCACCACCACCACCACCUGCGUCUGGCGCCGCCCGCGCCCGUGCCCUGCCCCAUCCCGCAGAACUCGCUCAACUCGCAGCAGUCGCACCUGCUGCCCCAGGCGCUGGAGGGCGAGCUGCGCUUCCACCAGCUGCGCGCCGCCAACGUGCGGACGCUGGACGACGGCCAGACGGUGGCGCUGCUGCGCACGGAACAUUUCGGAAGUGAGCGCGCGCUGGUCUUCACCGAGCGUCCGCUCCGCCCGGGCGAGACCGUCUUCCUCAAGGUGACCAAGUCGAGCCCGGCGCGCUCGGGCGCGCUCGCCUACGGCGUGACCUCGUGCGACCCGGCCACCCUACGCCCCAGCGACCUGCCCGGCAACCCCGAGGCGCUGGUGGACCGCAAGGAGUUCUGGGCCGUGUGCCGCGCGCCCCAGCCGCUGCAGAGCGGCGACAUCCUGGGUUUCCUGGUCACGCCCGACGGCGAGGUGAUGCUCAGCCACAACGGCGCCAGCGCCGGCAUGCAGGUGUGCGUGGACAACUCGCGGCCGCUCUGGAUGUUCUUCGGCCUGCACGGAGCCAUCUCCCAGCUCAGGAUUCUGGGCUCCACUCACGCUGGGGACCCACGUGGACCGUCCAGCCCCGGCUCGCCCUCCUCGUCCCCUCAGACCCCCGUGGGCUUCUGCGGCGGCAGCUCGGAGCCCACGCUCAACGGAGGAUGCUCCGGAGCUUUCUGCAGCUCUGCUGGAGGAACCACCCCCAGCUCGCCCGUCAGCCUCCCCAAGUCGCCCACCUUCCCGUCGGUGUCGGGGACGUGGCAGGACGAGUGUUCCAUCUGCUACGAGAACAUGGUGGACACGGUGAUCUACGCGUGUGGCCACAUGUGCCUGUGCCACACCUGCGGCCUGCGGCUGAAGCGGAUGUCCAACGCCUGCUGCCCCAUCUGCAGGAGGCCCAUCAAAGACAUCAUCAAGACCUACCGCAGCACAUAGGACUGACUGGUGAAGGAAACACAAUUUACCUUGAGAAGACUACAAUUCCCAUGAUGCAACACGGGAUUCAUGGGAUUUAGUCCUCCUCCCCUGGUUAAACAGACUCACUGAUGAUGCAUGAUGAACCCUGAUACUCCAAGCAGCAGCACCCACAUUACCAUGUCUAUGUUGGAGUCCAUUUUAGCUACCGCUGACUUCACACUUUUUGAAGUUGUGUUUGUUUUUGUUUGUUUCCUCUUUUGUAAACAAUUCAGGGAUUUUUGAGAACCUGUGGAUAUCAAUUGGUUAUUUCUCUUGGCCAUGGGUUUGUAAAGGAGGAUUUUUUUUUUGUUUAUAUAUAGAUUUUUUUUUUCUUUUUUGGAUUUUCAAGGACAUUUCAAGGUGACUCAAUAGCUUGGAAAGGUAGUGGUGAUGCACAUCAGUGAGCUGAACUCAGGAGAGGCCAGGGGUACGGACUGGUGAACUAGAACUUUUCCGCAGAGUGAAAGCACCACAGGAAAGGACAAAACAAACAACAAAAAAAAACAGUGUGUAUAAUCUCAAGAUAUUCAGGUUCAAGUGUCUGAUGUUUUAGAGAGUCAAACCAAUAUUUCCUUCUCUCUUUGAGCCAUUGGAGACUGAAGUCUCUUUGAUUUGUCUACUAAAUGAAUUUCUCUCAAUCGGGAUGUUAUUUUUAUGCCAUUUUGUUAGUUAAAAAUAUAUAUAUUUCUGGUUUUCAAUUUGUCCUUUAAAACCAGUUCAGACGACAUGUGUAUAUACACAUACUGUAGAUGUGUAAGUAUAAGUGUGUAUGUAUAUGUAGGUGCGUAAUAUACAUAUAAACUAACUAAGGUCACAAUAAUUAUACUUCAGCAGGUCGCAACUUAUGUCUGUGUCUUGCUGAGACCAAUUGUUAAAGACAGUAUGUCCAUGGAUCUAUUUUUUCCCCUACACUGACACUGGUAUAGGCUCACCUGAUUGGACGAUGCAGUUGCUUGCCCAUCCCUCUGGGUGGGGCCGAUCACACCCAUGCGCCUGGGAUUAUUAUGACGGCCCAUCCUGCUGACAACGCCCCAAAAUCAAAAGGCCUCUGCCACCCCACCCAACACCACCCCACACCCCCACCCACCCCAUUGACAAUACUCUAGGAAUUAAUGGGUAGACAUUCACCAUAUUUUUCUUUUCCUUUCAAAACAGCCCCCUUGCUCACGAAGCACUGAUGACAAGAACAUCACCAUGGUUACAAGUUCGGAGCAGAGCAAAGACAGAAAAAAAAAAAUCAUGGAUCAUUUGUUAGCAGUGGAUGUUUUACUAGCAGAGAGAAAAUGACUAAUCCAUAUUUCACCACAUUCCCCUCAACCGAAAUAUGCCGUGUGUUGUAAUGUAAUAGAUGAGGGUGACACAGAAAGCUUUGGAAGAGUGACUACUGAGAGAGAGGGGGAAAGGGCUUUCAACAGAGAGAGAGAGAGCAAGAGAGAGAGAGAAAGAGAAACAGAGAGAGAGAGACAAAGAGAGAGGGAUAAAAGUCACCUUAUUAAAACCAGAUUAUUUCCAUGCCAGUCUCAGGAGCAAGGGGUAGGGGGGAUUGAAGAGUACUUUACAUCAGGUCUCUGAAUCAGGCUUCACCUUCCCUAUAACCUUUCUCCAAGUCCAGAUUACCUUCUUGAGACUUGGGAAUUCUCAGUGGCUAAUUAUGAAAGAAAAAAACAGAAACCCUUAGUGGUUUGCCAAGUGUGUGUGUGAACACAUGGUCUGAUAGGUCAGAUUAAGGGGAGCACAGUUUUGACCUGCUUAUCCUCAGUGAAUGUGAACCACACAAGGACACACAAUUCAUUAUGAUUUCCAGUGAAGUCAUCAAAGUGCGACCAGUCAGUGGUGAAGUGACAUAGUGACAAGAGCCUGGAUGGAAUAAUGAUUUGGCCGUUUUAGGCAGCUGUGUUUGGAUUUGUGUAUGUGUGUGUGUGUGUGUGUGUGUGUGUGUGUGUUUACUCUGAUUGGGAGAAUCCUUGCCCAACCACAUCCACCUCCUUUCACCCCUUGGCCUCAGAAGGGACCUCCGAAAUAACUUCUGUGUAAUAUAUAUGGACAUGGACAAAGCACCAUAUUCAGCCAUAAUGUUUUUCAUCUUCAGAGCCCCCCUCCCCCCCCAAACGCCUUGUUGUACUUAAAUCAUAGCUAAUGAUAGAAAUACGAUGAGUUUGAACUCUGCAAAUUAUGGUGAUAGCACAACAAUAUUUUUGGAAACAUAUACUUAAUCAGGAGCCAUUAUUAACUCCCCCCAAACCCCUACCCCCAACCCACCCCUAAACACACACACACACACAUUUUUUGCGCUUUGGUAUGAAAACAACUUCAUCUCGUACAUUUGAAGGUACGCUUAGUCAUCUGACAUUUCAAUUGCCGUACGAGCCAUCAGGGCCCAAAAAAUAGCAAGGAGACAAUAUAGCCAUAUAUACAGUGUCUUCAGUCUGGGCUUAGACAGUGGCGGUGGCUUUCUCUAAUGUAAAAUACACACCAUCCAUCCAUCCAUCGCUGGGCUUGACUUCAUGCUGCUAUAGUAUUUGCCUGGCAAACGCUAUAAAAAAAAAUAGGUUCUUUGGAUGUCAUAAUGUAUACUCUGUGUUUCAAGAUAUACACUUUUUUGCUUGAGGUGUUCAUUCACUUGAAUGUUAAUUUAUGUCGGUUUAUAUAUAGAGAAAUGUAGAGAGAAGAACAGGUGAACACUUAGACUCUUAGCAGUAGUACUGUGUUUGCCUAGCUUGUUGGCAUUUGCAACUCUUUGGCUGAUAAUCAUGAUUGUAUUUGUUUGUUUAUCAACUCACUGGAGCCUCCAAUUUUUUUUUUUAAGUCUGGAUGAUACCCGGUGGAGAGAGGAGCAGUGGUGUCUUGUUCCCCACAGCAAUACUUUAGUUGUUUCCAGCUGCUGGGCUUUUGCAGUGUAGUCAAUCAGUAAUUCAUUGCACAGGGAAGGAGUUUAGCACAAAAAAACGUCUUUUUUGUACAACCCCUCAGUUUCAGACAGGGUUUUUGUUCUUUUACUGUUCAUUUUGGUAGUCUUCUAAUUUUUGUUCAAGUGAAUGAAUGUGUGUGUGUGUGUGUGUGUGUGUGCGAACAGUCCAGCCCAGCGGGCUAAAGGAGUGUGCACAAAUGUUUGUCGUCACUUUAUGAAGCUACUUAUUGAUUGUACUUUUGUAAAAACCACGAUUGAUACGGUUCACGUCGUCACCUGUCUCUUUAUUUCAUGACUAUUCUAUGACCAAAUGUUAUUCUUAUUCUAUAAACGUAUUCAGAUCCUGACCCUAAAUUCAUAUACAGUAAUUUAUGAUAAAUACUAGUAAUGUAGUUAUGCUGUAAAAUAGGUUUAUUUAUUUUGUUUCGCAUUGCUUUCCUGUCUGAGGUCAUGAAACUAUUUGGUUAGACUGAAUUAUUGUGCGAUCUUGGAGGCUGAGAAAAACAGAGGUGUGUUCAAAAUUCACAAACAUCGGCGAACGUUUGCGAACAGUUUUCUGUUUGCCUUGAGUUCUCGACGAACGUUUGCGACCACUCACAAACAGUUUGAGGAGGUAGGCUAGUUCUUCACGAACAAACAGUAGAGCUGGGCAAAGUGUUAACGUAACAAGGGAAUGUUUACACCAAAUCGUUAAAAUUGAACCGUUCAGAGAAAACACGAACAUUUGUCACUGUUUGCAGAAUUUGAACGCACCUCUGAUUUUGAGGUCCUGAUUUACUCAAGUCUCAAUUAGCCCUUUUACCACAAACUAAUGAAUACACAUGUUAAAUGAAUGACAGUUAAUUUCAAUAAAUAUAAUUGGACAGUGGGUGCAUUAAUUAUGGCUGUAUUUGCAUUUGCAUAACGUUUUUCUUUUUUCAAUAUUAAUCAUUUCCCUGCGCUUUUGUAAAUCAGGACCAAAUAGCAAACUGAAGACUUUGGCUUUUGUCCCAACUGUCCAAUCAGUUGCGUGCUGUUUUAUAUCAUGCUGCUCUCAGAUUCUCUCUCUGAUUGUGGUCGACCCUGUAAUGUACUUUGUUUGUGUAACAUGGAUGCGCAUGUGUGCGCAUGUGUGCGCAUGUGUGUGUGUGUGUGUGUGUGUGUAUGUGUGUAUGACGGACUGUCUGAAGAGUGUUAUCGUUACACCGGAUUUAAUUCCCCAUCCUUUACUUAUGUCCCAAGAAGAUUUACUUUUCUCGAUUGUUUGUCGUUGUUGUUUGUUUUCAUUAUUGAUGUUUUAUUACUGUUCCCUUUUGUGAGGCUCUACAUAAACAAAUACACAAACAUCUCAGUAAGCACUGAAUUUCUCUAAACAAGCUUUUUAAGGACUAGAGCUUUCACACGUUCUCUCUCUUUCUCUUUCCAUUAUCCCACCCCCCUUCUUCCCCCUCAGGUGUGUGAAUAAAAAUAAGAAAAAAAAAACACACUCCAGAGAGUUUAAAGAGGCGGCGUGUGUUUUCAAAAUGUUCAGGCUGUUGUUUUUAUCGGGGGAAAUAUUUGCUACCAAAACUUUCCCAGAUGAGGCAGCAAUAUGGUGAUAAAAGUUGCCUUAGUCCCUGCAGCUCAACAGAGGGACCAAAUGAAAUACUUAUUGAAAAGAAAUGGGUAAGCCAAUAAAUGAAAUCCUCUCCUUUCGGUCUAGUGUGAGACAAAUGUAGUGUCAUUGUCGUCUUUUUUUAUAGAAAGAAGUAAAACUUCUCCGCUUUCUAGUGAGGUCUGUCGCAACUCUGGUUGCUGUAACCGAAGCUCUGUCCAAGCUGUGUAUUUCUUUCUUUCUUUCUUUCUUUCUUUCUUUCUUUUUUUCUCUUUAUUCUGUCAAUCUCUAGUUUCCAAAGUGAUGCAUUUGUACGCUUUUUCUUCUGUUCAGUGUGAGUCAAAGACAAUUGUGUCAAUAAAAAAGAACAAAAACUAUA